AUGGCCAAACUCCAUUCGACGAGCGAAAAACGAAAUGGCAGUACAGAACUCCAAAAUGCCCCCAAAAGACAAGAAUUAAAACCCGAAAUAGAAGUAAAACGUGAAUAUUCCUCCGAAAGUGAGGAAGAGAAAGUCGAGAAAAUAGUCGGGUCCUUAGAACUAAGUGGAAAUCUGUUAAAAGACACGAACAUGGUCAACGGAGUCAUUAUCAAGUACAACGAGCCUCCCGAGGCACGAAAGCCCACAAUUCGCUGGAAAUUGUACCCCUUUAAAGGCGAGGAGAGUUUGGAUGUCAUUCCUGUGCACAGACAGUCCGCAUACCUUUUGGGACGAGACCGAAGAGUGGCUGACAUUCCCACAGACCACCCUUCCUGCUCAAAACAACAUGCCGUCCUCCAAUUCAGAGUUGUGGAAAGCAGGGAGACUGAUUCGAACAAGACCGGGUCCUCUCUGACUGCCCUGGGAGUUGCAGAGGCCACAGAUCAAAAGUCUUUUGUGGUGAAGCCUUACAUCAUUGACCUUAAUUCAGCAAACGGGACAUUUCUCAACCAGGAGAGGAUCGACAGUCUCCGUUUUGUGGAGUUAUUUCCUCGCGAUGUACUUAAAUUUGGGUUUUCCACUCGAGAAUAUGUAUUAAUGUAUCAGGAU